AUGCCUGUUUACCACGUCGUACUUUUCCGCCUCAAGGCAGGUGUGACACCAGCCCAAAUUGAACAAUGGACCCUAACAGCCAAGGGAAUGGUUGGAAAAAUUCCAGGUCUAGUUUCCCUUGAAGCGAAUACCCCGUUGCCGAUCUGCGUUCCCCGUGCGAAGGGAUUUGAUAUGGGACUUGUGGCCGUUUUGGAGAAGAAGGAAAACGUGGCGGAAUAUGCUGUGCACCCGGCCCACCUGGAGGUUUCUAAGUGGCGAGAGGAGCUGUGCGAGGAUACCUUGGCUUAUGAUCUGGAGUUUUGA